AAUGAGGUUCAGAAAGGGACAGACCGUUGCCAGCAGCCACACAGCAGGUGCCUCGCCGGACCUCUGGUUCCUUUCUCCAGUGCAUUCCCACCAUGGCCUUCUGGACGCAGCUCAAGCUGCUGCUGUGGAAGAAUUUGCUGUAUCGCAAGAGGCAGCCGAUCCAGCUUCUCGUGGAGCUGUUGUGGCCCCUUUUUCUCUUCUUCAUCCUGGUGGCUGUGCGCCAGUCUCACCUGCCAGUGGAGCAGCAUGAAUGCCAUUUUAACAACAAGCCGCUGCCCUCUGCGGGCAUCUUCCGUUGGCUCCAGGGGCUUAUCUGCAGCGCCAACAACACCUGCUUCCCGGUGUCCACCCCAGGCGAGGAGCCCGGGGUCGUGAGCAACUUCAAUGACUCCCUGGUCUCCAGGUUCGUCGCAGACAUCCUGAGUGUCUUGGAGCGCCCCAGUACCCACAGGAUGCUGGACAGCCUAGGAAAAUUGAUGCCCACGCUUAAUGCCACAGCCUGGCCUCAGGUACAGCACCAACUGAAGGAGAAUCCAGCCCAAUUUAAGAAACUAUUGGACACAUUACUGCAAGAGAAUGCCACGCUGGGUCUAGCACAGGAGGCCAUGGGUGAUUUUGUGGAGGAAGCAACAGACCUGUUACAGGAGGUCCUAACGCUGCCCAGCCUGCUGGAACUAAGGACCCUGCUCCAGAAGUCUCCACAAAAAAAUGGAGUCCUAGAGGUCAUGUCCGUAGCCCUCUGCAGUGCCAAGGGGCCAGGCAGCCCCAGGGGGCUCUCUCUGAGCUGGUAUGAAGACAGUGACACAAAAGACAUAAAGCCGGAGCCAGCGCUGGUGGCCCCGGACAAGAACCUGAGCCCUGCCUGUGAGAAGCUGUUACAGACCAUGGAGGGAGAUAUAUUGUUCAGCAUUUUUUGGAGGCGUCUAAAGCCGUUGGUUCUGGGAAAAGUGCUUUUCACGCCAGACACAGCCUUCACGAGGCAACUCAUGGCCCAGGUGAACCAGACCUUCCAGGAGAUGGCUCUGUUGAAGGACAUCCAGGAGGUGUGGCAGUCCCUGGGACCCCAGGCCUUCAACUUCCUGAAUGACAGUGCCAAUGUGGCUUUACUGCAGAAGCUCCUGAAAAUGCAGAACAAAGACAGUGGGCAGCCCGGACCUGGAGGCAAGGACAUGGAGAAGGCCCUUCAUGACUUUCUGGACCCUUCCAGGGGCGGGUACAGUUGGCUGGACGCCCGCGCGGAUUUGGAGCAAAUGAUGGGCACGCUAGGCCUAGUGGCAGAGUGCAUGAUCCCGGACAAGCUGGAGGCGGUGCCGACAGAAGAGGCCCUGGUAGGGCGGGCCCUGAAGCUGCUCACUGAGCACAGCUUCUGGGCCGGUGUCGUCUUUCUGGGAUUGGAGGAAUCCCAGGACCCCGACCGCCUGCGCAUCAAGAUCCGAAUGAACAUCGAUGAAGUCACAGAAACCCAUAAGAUCCGGACCAGGUUUUGGGACCCUGGCCCCGCCGCUGAUCCGUUGACAGACCUGCGCUACGUGUGGGGCGGCUUCGUGUACCUGCAAGACCUGCUGGAGCGCGCAGCCGUGCGCGUCCUCAGUGGUGCAGUGCCCCGCACCAGCCUCUACGUGCAGCAGAUGCCCUACCCGUGCUACGUGGACGAUACGUUCCUGAGCGUGCUGGGCCGAUCAUUGCCACUCUUCCUGACGCUGGCCUGGAUCUAUUCAGUGGCGAUAACCGUGAAGGCCGUGGUGCGGGAGAAGGAGAAACGGCUGCGUGAUACGAUGCGUGCCAUGGGGCUGAGCCGCGGGGUGCUGUGGCUUGGCUGGUUCCUCAGUUGUAUCGUGCCUUUCCUUAUCAGCGCUGCGCUGCUUGUGCUGGUGCUCAAGCUGGGGGACAUUCUCCCAUACAGCCACCCAGUGGUUCUCUUCCUGUUCUUCGCGUCCUUCGCGCUGGCCACGGUGAUCCAGAGUUUCUUGCUGAGCGUCUUCUUCUCCCAAGCCAACCUGGCGGCGGCCUGCGGAGGCCUCGCCUACUUCGUGCUCUAUCUGCCUUACGUCUUGCUGGUGGCCUGGCGGGACCAGUUGCCCCCGGGCGUCCACGUGGCUACGAGCCUCCUGUCCCCCGUCGCCUUUGGAUUCGGCUGCGAGAGCCUCGCGCUGCUGGAGGAGCAGGGGACGGGCGCGCAGUGGCGCAACCUUGGCACGGGCCCUGCUGGCGAUGUCUUCAGCCUGGGCGAGGUCUCGCUCCUUUUGGUCUUCGACGCUCUGCUCUACAGCCUGCUCACUUGGUACCUGGAGGCUGUGUACCCAGGCCAGUAUGGGAUCCCCGAGCCGUGGAACUUUCCAUUCCGGAGGAGCUACUGGUUUGGGCCUCGGUCCCCCAAGAUUCUCGCCCCACCUCCUAUAACGCAGGACCAGCAGGUGCUGAUGGAGGAGGCACCACCAGAUCUGACGGCGGGGGUCUCCAUCCGAGGCCUGGAAAAGCGCUUUCCUGGUAACCCCCAGCCCGCCCUGCGAGGCCUCAGCCUGGACUUCUACUGCGGCCACAUCACUGCCUUCUUGGGCCACAACGGGGCCGGCAAGACCACCACGAUGUCCAUCCUGACCGGCCUCUUUCCGCCCACGGGGGGCUCUGCCUUCAUCUUGGGGCACGAUAUUCAGUCCAGCAUGGAGGCCAUCCGUCCGUACCUGGGCAUCUGCCCACAAUACAAUGUUCUCUUUGACAGGCUGACGGUGGCUGAGCACGUUUGGUUCUAUGGGCGGUUGAAGGGUCUGAGCGCUUCCACUUUGCGCCUGGAGCAGAGCCGUCUGCUGGGGGACGUGGGGCUGACACUCAAGUACAACACAGAGACGCGCCACCUCUCAGGAGGGAUGCAGCGUAAGCUUUCCGUGGCCAUUGCCUUCGUGGGCGGCUCCAAGGUGGUUUUCCUGGAUGAACCCACAGCCGGUGUGGACCCUGCUUCCCGCCGCAGCAUCUGGGAGCUUUUGCUCAAAUACCGAGAAGGUCGCGCACUGAUCCUCUCCACGCACCACCUGGACGAGGCGGAGCUCCUGGGGGACCGUGUGGCCAUCAUGGCAGCCGGCCGCCUGUGCUGCUGCGGCUCCCCGCUCUUCCUGCGCCGGCAUCUGGGCUCUGGCUACUACCUGACCCUGGUGAAGGCGGCCCAGCCCCUGGCCGGCAGCCAGAAGGACAUUGCCGACGUGAAGGAGCAUGUGGAUGCUGGGCAGGCAGGGACACCAGACCACGUGGACAGCACGGCCGGCCAGGGUCCGCCUGGGCUCAGUAGAGGUGCUUCCCAGCUACUGGCCUUGGUGCAGCGCUGGGUGCCAGGGGGGCAGCUGGUGGAGGUGCUGCCUCACGAGCUGGUGCUGACCUUGCCCUACGCGGGUGCCCAGGAUGGCAGCUUCGCCGCGCUCUUCCAGGACCUGGACCUGCAUCUGCGGGAGCUGGGGCUCUCUAGCUAUGGGAUCUCCGAUACUAGCAUGGAGGAGAUCUUCCUGAAGGUGAUAGAAGAAAGUGCGGGAGACACGAAUCCGGAGCUGGAAGCUGCAGAUGGUAGCAGCAAGCAGCCCCCAAACGCAGGCAUCGUACCAUCAGACCUGGUCACGUGGUUCAAGGCCAAGGUGGUACCCAAGCAGUCAGCCCUGGAGAACGGAGAACUGGGGGCCGCGCUGGAGACGCAGGCCCUGCAGGAUCCGGAGCCCAGUACGCCAAGCCGGGUCCGGGGGCGCACACUGAUCCUCCAGCAGCUCCAGGCGCUGUUUCUCAAACGCUUCUUACUGGCCUGCCGUAGCCGAAGAAGCAUAUUUGCCCAGAUCAUCCUCCCGGCCCUCUUUGUGGGCCUAGCCCUGGCCUUCAGCCUGAUCGUUCCGCCGUUCAAGUACUACCCAGAACUGGACCUCAACACCAGCAUGUACAGCCCCCAGACGACCUUCUUCAGUGAUGACACUCCAGGGGACCCCGAACGGAGUCUCCUGCUUCAGAAGGUGCUGGAAGAAGCCGGAUGGGAGAAUCCAGAUCUGGGAAGGAACAUGAGCAACGGGAACCCCUGCAUCCACCCCUCCACCCGCCAAUUCUCCAGACCCAAGUUUCCUGAAGAUGCGACGCUCGGCGUGUCCAGGGGCAACGGGACGCUCGGGUCUCCUUCGCCAGCCUGUCAGUGCAGCCGGCCCGGGGCCCGCCGUCUACUGCCUGACUGUCCAGUGGAGGCCGGGUGGCCUCCGCCGCCCCAGGUGCUGACCCGCUCCGGAGAAAUUGUGCAGAAUCUCACGGGCCGGAACCUGUCCGAUUACCUGGUGAAGACUUACCCUGGCCUGGUGCGCCCGGGCUUGAAGACCAAGAAAUGGGUGAAUGAGGUCAGGUAUGGAGGUUUCUCACUGGGGGGCCCAGACCUGAGCCAACCAUCAGGACAAGGAGUCAUUGACUCACUGGAGAGGCUGAAGGUGCUGAUGAACCUCCAAAUGGACGAGCCCCUGGCCCGCAUCCUGCAGAAACUUUCAGAGUGGGUUCGCCACUGGGAAACCUGGAAUAACCUCAAGGUCUGGUUCAACAACAAAGGCUGGCACGCCAUGGUGGCCUUUGUGAACCGGGCCAACAACGCCCUCCUCCAUGCCCACCUGCCCCCCGAUUCCACCCGCCGCGCCCGCAGCAUCACCACCGUCAACCACCCCCUGAACCUCACCAAGACACAGAUGUCCGAGGCCGCUCUGGUAGCCUCCUCUGUGGAUGUGCUGGUGUCCAUCUGUGUGGUCUUCGCCAUGUCCUUUGUCCCGGCCAGCUUCACCCUUGUCCUCAUUGAGGAACGCACCACUGGAGCCAAACACCUGCAGUUCAUGGGGGGGCUGCCCCCCACCCUCUACUGGUUCAGCAACUUCCUCUGGGACAUGUGUAACUACUUGGUGUCGGCGUGCAUUGUGGUGGUCAUCUUUCUGGCCUUCCAGCGGAAGGCCUACGUGGCGCCCCCCAACCUGCUGGCCCUGGUGCUGCUGCUGCUUCUGUAUGGCUGGUCGAUCACGCCCCUCAUGUACCCAGCCUCCUUCUUCUUCACCGAGCCCAGCACAGCAUACGUGGCACUCACCUGCAUCAACCUCUUCAUCGGCAUCAACGGCAGCAUGGCCACCUUCGUGCUGGAGCUCUUAUCGGAGGAGAACCUGCAGAACGUGAACCGGAUCUUGAAACGGGUCUUCCUGAUCUUCCCCCACUUCUGCCUGGGACGGGGUCUCAUCGACAUGGUGCGGAACCAGGCCAUGGCCGAUGUUUUUGAAUAUCUGGGAGAAGACACUUUCCAAUCCCCACUGCGCUGGGAUGUGACUGGCAAGAACCUUCUAGCCAUGUUGGUGCAGGGGCCUCUCUUCCUCCUCGUCACGCUCCUACUGCAACACCGGGACUGCCUCUGGCCACAACCCAAGCCCAGACCGCUGCCGCCCCUGGGGAAGGAGGACGAGGACGUGGCUCGUGAGCGGCAGCGGGUGACCCAAGGGGCAGCUGAGGGGGAUGUGUUGGUGCUCAAAGACCUGACUAAGGUAUACCGCGGGCAGAGAACCCCAGCCGUCAACCGUCUGUGCCUGGGGAUCCCCCCUGGUGAGUGUUUCGGACUUCUGGGUGUAAACGGAGCUGGCAAAACCACCACAUUCCGCAUGGUGACGGGGGACAUGCUGCCCAGCAGGGGUGAGGCUGUGCUGGCAGGUCACAGUGUGGCCAAGGAUCCCACGGCUGCCCACCUCCACAUGGGCUACUGCCCGCAGUUCGAUGCCAUCUUCCCGCAACUCACUGCGCGGGAGCACCUGCAGCUGUUUGCACGUCUGCGUGGUAUCCCCGAGGCCCAGGUGGCCCAGACAGCAAGCCGCGGACUGGUGCGCCUGGGUCUCCAGCAGUAUGCAGACCGGCCCGCAGGCACCUACAGUGGGGGCAACAAGCGGAAGCUGGCCACAGCGGUGGCGCUGGUGGGAGAGCCUGCCGUGAUCUUCCUGGAUGAGCCGACCACCGGCAUGGACCCAGGUGCACGGCGUUUCCUCUGGAACAGCCUUCUGUCGGUGGUCCGAGAGGGCCGCUCCGUGGUGCUCACCUCGCACAGCAUGGAGGAGUGUGAGGCCCUUUGCACGCGCCUGGCCAUCAUGGUGAACGGGAGGUUCCGCUGCCUGGGUAGCGUGCAGCACCUUAAAAACAGGUUCGGAUCCGGCUACACGCUGACGCUGCGGGUCCCCGCGGCGCGGUCGGACGGAGCCCAGGCCUUCGUGGCGGAGGCCUUCCCGGGGGCCCAGCUGCGCGAAGCCCACGGUGGCCGCCUGAGCUUCCAGCUGCCGCUGGGAGGGCGCUGCACCCUGGCGCACGUCUUUGGCGAACUGGCGGCCCGCGGUGCCCAGUGCGGCGUGGAGGACUUCUCCGUGAGCCAGACCACCCUGGAGGAGGUCUUCCUGUAUUUCUCUGAAGAUCAGGGGAAAGAGGAUGACCAGGAGGGAGAAGCGGGGGAGGACGAGGCCCCAGGUCCCCAGCGCCCCAAAUUCAUCACCCAGUUCCUGGAUGACCGCUCAGAGGUGGAGACGGUGCUUUGAAACCCUUUCUCCCAGGGCUGGGGGCUGGCCUAGCGCUGGGG